AUGAUAGAAAAUCUAGGCCGUAAAGAGGAGGGAUGCGUCUACCGUUUAAAGGCAGGCCGCGUUAGAAAAUUGUAUUACAAAGUCUAUUACGACCAAGAUGAAGAUGUUGAAUAUUAUGAUGACCACAUCACAUACAAGACUUUUGAAUUAGUGAAGACGCAAGCUAAAAAGGAUGGAUGGACUGUCCGUAGGAUAUAUGUAGGUUAUCAGGAGCCGUGUUACGUCCUGCAAGGGGCAGGAUCAACAUACGAGGCCGAACCUAGGUGGAAGAUUUUAGACGGAGCGACUGAUCGUAGUCAUACCAAGCCUGAUGAACCAAAUACUUGGACACGACUCAUACACGCAUUCAUUCACUAUACAUACGACCUUAGUGGCAACCAAACGUUAAUAUCACAUCUGGAUUGUGACGAACACGGUAAAAUUAGCAACUCGAUUUGCUAUGACCAAAAUUGCCCUCCAUACCACAGCCGCGACAAACCGGAAAUGAAAGUUUCAGUUGAGCGCGCUUUCAAGUUGUUUCGAGAGCAACACGUGUGCAAUGAUAUAUGCGGUGUUAUUGGCAACGUCAAGAUGGGACCUAUGUAG